AUGCUGGAACCGGUGCCACUUCGGUGCCUUGUUCCUGCCGAAAUAGUCAAACUCUUCGCGGGAGAAGAUGGUGUCGCUGCUGGGCGCAUUGCGGUGGCGUCUGGGGCCGACAUUUCGGUGUCCGAUGACGACACCACCCCGGCAUCCCUGACGGACCGGAUUGUCACCAUCCAUGGUGGGCAGCAGGUGCAGCAGGCGGCUUGCCGGCUGAUCGUAGAGCGCUUCUACGAAGAGCAAAAGGCGACCUCUGACGAAGACCUUGGUGUCUUCAUUCUGCUGGUGCCCGCGGAGCAUGCCAUUUCCAUGAGUGAGGAUGGCACGUUGAACAAAGUCAUGAAGCUGUCGGGCGCGGAGCUUUCCGUCCAGGAUGCUUCCAUCGCUGGAACCGAAGACCGGCCAGUUCGAAUUGUGGGCACCCUUGAAGCGACGGUGGCAGCAGCCUCCCGGCUACGCGCAUGCGUGCAGGUCUUGGCUUGGAGGGCAGAGCAAGGAAGCAGCGACGCAGCUCCUCCUGAAAACGAGGACAGCGAGUGCCUUUUGGGCUGCGAAGCCCCAGGCCUUGAGAGACAACCCGUUUCCGAGCAGCCGGACACUGAAGAGCCAACAGCCGUGCCAGCCGAAUGCUCAGAACCCGAGCAGCAGGGUGCGGAAGAUGUCGUGGAGCCGGUGGAGCCGCCGGAGCAGAGACAGCCUGAUGCAGAGCUAGGAGGGCCUCCUGCAGAGGGGCAGGAUUUGCAGGAGCUCGACGUGCCCGAGGACGCUACAAAGGAGAAGCAGGGAGGAGAGCCGGAGGUGGAGGAGGAGGUGCAGGAGGCGGAGGCGGCGGCAGAGGCGGCAGAGGCGCGCUACUGCGCUGUCGUUCUCUACAAUUAG